AUGGGUAAUCAACAAGCUCCCGGUCGUACUCGGAGCGAUACUUAUGCACGAUAUGAACGAGAUGGUGAAGAUGGGCGUUAUGUUACUUUAGAAGCGGAUGAUUCAAGAUCACAUGAGGAAAGAAUUUCAUCUCGACAAGAUCCCAGUCUACCAAUACGUAUUCGUCAAUCCAAUCGUGAAAAAGAGAAAAAGACAAUUCCAGUUGUAUUCCGUUAUCCGGCGUCAUUGAAAGAUAAAGAAGCACAACUAAUUGGAUCAUUUACAAACUGGAAAGAAGUCGUCCAAAUGGUGAAAAGUGAUAACGAUUUUGUUGCCAUUGUUGAACUACCAGAAGGAAAACAUCAGUAUAAGUUUAUUAUUGAUGGAAGAUGGGAAUAUGAUUUAACAGAGCCUUCUGUUGAAGAUGGUCAUUCUAGUCGUAACAAUGUGAUAACAGUGAAAAAAAGUGACUUUGAAGUGAUGGAAGCUUUACAUUCAGAUUCUAUUCAUACAACUAAUCAAAAUACACAUUCGAUAAACAAAUCUCAAUCCACAGAUACGGAUCUUGCUCGUUCUCCACCCGGCACAUACGAUCAGAUUUGGCCACCACCAAAUAAAGACGAAUUUUCUCCACAAGACAAACCACCAUUCUUACCACCACAUUUAUUAAACAUUAUUCUUAAUAAAGACACAUCAGCACAUUGUGAACCAGCUUUAUUACCUGAACCGAAUCACGUCAUGUUAAAACAUCUAUAUGCAUUAUCGAUUAGAGACGGGGUUAUGGUUCUUUCUACUACUACUCGUUUCAAACAAAAAUAUGUAACAACAUGUUUUUAUAAACCAACUGAAAAAUAA